UACUGUUCAUUGACAUACCAGUGUUUUAACGACCCAAAUCAAGCUCACGGGACUUUAUUUCCACCAACUUUAUUAAUUUAGCCCAUUUUGUACACCUGAUAUUUAAGCGAAUAAGCAAAGAAAUAAAAUACAUGUACUCUAGAGUUGACAAGGGCAGCAGCGUUGACAAGGGUAGCAGUGUUGACAAGAGUAGCAGUGUUGACAAAGGCAGGGGCCUUGAGACACAUAUUCAGCAUAUUCCCAUAUCAUCGCCAUUCCAUGUUGUCUUCCUUUGAUUCUGAAAACACUGGAGACAUAGAUUACCGCAGGAGAGUGCGCUUGUACUGUGCCACGUUAGCACAGUCACCGGUAUUUACAGGUCACACCCGGUUGUGUCGAUCCUAAAAACACUGGUUUGGAAUGUCGGGAAAAGGAUAGUGCCCGGGGUGUAUUCCAAAUACAGUGACCUGGACAGAGUACAUAUGCACUAAGUGAGAGACUAGAGGGCCAAACGAUGACCACUACCAACAGUACGAUCCCAGAAAUCUAAUCGUAUCCAGGUCAACAAUCUGUGGAUAAAAGAAUGGAAGUGGCAUAUUAUUCCCACACAAUGAGACCGUAUAGAUGAGCACGUACUUUUUACAGUUAUUUACCAAACGAAUGACAUUAAAUAUUACAGAUGUUCUGAGACAGAAUAGCAUAGUUACACUCAGAAUGUUUGCUUUUCUGAUCAAAGAUAGGCGACGAAAUCUGUAGGGGUCAAAGGAAUGGAAACACGAUCUAAGGUUAGACAGUACAAAGAGGUCAGGUGACACUGUUAUAAAUAUGUACAAUGUCUUCAAGGCACGAAAAAUGCGCCAAGAAUGCUUGCAGUCAGAAAGGGCUUGGUAAUCUGACCUAAGUCUAGUGAAAACUUCAGGGUCACAGAUAACAGAGGUAAGUAUAAAUACAGAGCUGGCAGUGAACUCGUUUGGUAACUUGGAAUCAGAUCCAUUCAGACAGAAAGCACAGAAUGGCUCUCGCUCCGGUACUCGUCUUCUUGCUUACUCUAACACUGGUUGUAUCAUUGCAAACAAACGCCGACACAAACGCUUGUGUAAACGAGGACCCGUGCACAUGUAAAUUCAAAAACGGAAAUGUCCUCAGUCUGCGCUCUCUUGCCAACUCAGAUUCCACUGCCGCCUUCAAUCUCUUGAACGUGUUUGGGUUUUAUGACUUUUAUUUCAACCCUUGUCUCACGUUCACAGAAGGUUCCUGUGGGGGUGGUGACGUGGCCGUCUGCCAACAUGUCCGCAGUAUGGCAGGAUCUGGAAACUACACCUGCGGGGUGCAAAGCUCAGCUCGCUUUGUCCACAGGGACUCUGACACUUCUGGUCUGUACCUUCGCUAUGACAAUGGCGAUGAUGACCGUAAGACGUACAUCAAGCUGGUUUGCGGAAAUGGAACCGAAUCAUCCCUGAAGUUUUUGUCCGAAUCGCCGGUAAAGGUCUACAAUCUGGAACUGACCUCGCCGUGCGCAUGCCCGGGAGCUGACGAGAACUGCAAGCAAAAACUCCGAUGUAUCAAGGAGGACGAAUGUUCUUGCCGUUUGUCUGAUGGAAGAGGAACCAUCAAUUUGCGCGCGCUCAGUUCUCCAAAGUCUCCCAUCCAGUUCUCUACUCACGGCCGGAAACAGUUCCUCUAUAACCCGUGUCAAGGUUUCCGGAUCCACAGUAAAAACGCCAGUGUAAACCAGUGCCAUGACGUGUCUCUGUGUGGACGAGAGAACGUGGGACAGGCCGCAGAACGUAACCUGGACCUGGGCAAACCGUCCAAUGUCCAGUUUGAUUUCAGUUAUUACGACAACUCCGUGUCACUGAUGUACAUGGGCGCGGCGGGAAGAUCGUCAAGAGUUAAGUUGGUAUGCGACAGACGAGCUCGAGAAAAACCGGUGUUCGAGUUCGUGAAGUCAAGCGGAAAGAACUUCAUAUUUCGCCUAAGGAGCGUUUGCGCAUGCCCGGGCGGAUGUGUCGCCCCCGCGCGUUUUUGUCAGAAAGUCGAUUCCUGCACCUGCAGAUACGACGACGGUUCCGGGACAAUCAGUUUGCAUUACCUGGACAACCCUUACUCUCCGCUCCAAACUGCGGUUCAGCCGUUCCCGUCCGUCUUCUAUAACUUCUUCUACAAUCCAUGCUCAGGUUUGAAGUUGGGGGGAUCCUGUUCGCAGGUAUCAGCGUGUCAACAAAUCAACGACACCUUUGGUGGCAUCAAUCUGUCAUACCGUCUAGGCGCGGUGCAGCCCUCGACCUUCAUCCAGAGUAAUGAGGGACAGGUUAUCAUACAAUACACAGGUGGCGACCAGGACAGGAGCUUCCAGGUGGCACUGGUGUGUGAUCGUAAAGCCGUCGUGCCCGUGUUAGGUGAUGCUUCAGGCUAUUCCUCCACGAUUUACAGCUUUAGCCUUCACUCUCGGUGCGCUUGUCCUAACGCCUGUCCUGAGAAAUAA